AUGGACAUGUUCAGAGAUAAGUCUCCCGAUCUAGAAGAUGGGGACUAUGAGACUUGCGAAGGCCUUCUGGCCGAAGAGCAGGGUCAGGAUUGGACUCCCGAAGAAGAAAUAGAUACUUACGGCGAUUGGGCAACUGUUCUCCUUCAAUUGACUACCCUCGGUGUCUUUUUUCUACUUGGAAUACUGUUUGGGUUUAUGUGGCAAGGUGAUCUGGACAGCCAGUGCAGUGAAUAUGUCUCUCAAUACUCACCGGUGAUGAGUGGGGUGGGAGUCACAUACCACCUCCAGAAAUUUAACAACCCCCUCUUGAAGGAGACUGUCUAUAGACAAGAGGCGAGUCCUGAGGUAGAUGCGGCCUGGGACGCUCUGGGAGUUAACUAUCGAAGAAUACGAGUACCUCCCGAAGAAGCAGCCCGAUCCGAUCUCGCACCCGACCAGGUCAAAAUAAACCAGAAAUACGGCGGCGGAUUUCCUGCCAACGUUGAGGGUCUUCAGCAUCUUCAGUGCUUGAACCUCCUUCGUCAAUCCCUCUACUUCAACUACGACUAUUACCACUCCAAUGGGGAAGGCGCUUUCGCAAACAACGAUUUUAUCGCUCGGCAUCAGAUUGCCCAAUGCGUCGAUGUUCUUCGCCAACAACUCAUGUGCACGGUAGACACCGGCGUGGUAGGCCAAGUCUGGAUCUACCCUGAAAACCCAGAACCAUUCGUCGACUUCAACACCCGCCAACGAUGCAAGAACUUUGACGCGAUCCGUGAAUGGGCAGAGAAAAACCAGCUGCCGGAGAACCCACCUGCAGAUUUCCUCCAACCUCCUGCGCCGGGGGACCAUAUCUACAAAGCAAUGCCAUGA